CUCUUUAUUUAUGCUCGGUAUUUUAAACUACAUUUAUCGCGCGCGCGGAAAACUCGGCCCGCUUCGCGACGCCUCGCGAUUGGUCAGCCACGAGGAUGGAGUUCUUCGUGAAGUUUUGCGAACGCGGCUUCACCAGCGUCUCUUCUGGCUCUUCUGCUCUGCUUGUCGCAGGUUGCAGUGUGUGAAAGGGGUAGAGAUCUUAGUCAGCCACAAUGGGCGCUAUCGUGCGCCGUAGUUUUUCGUCGUGUGACUUCUCCGUACCUGCCAGCGAUGCACACUACACGUACGCGUGAUCGCGCGGCGGAACAUGUCCAGGAACGUUCUUCUUCACGCGCUGUGUUCAAUUAGGGUCACUUGAUCGGUGGCGAACGCCGGGAGACGGCAAACGGGCGCGACGGAUUUUCCUCUCGCCUCUUGCAGGUCAGAGCAGAUACCAUGGGUCGUUACACGGGAAAAAAAUGUCGUCUUCUGACAAUGCUGUGGCUGACAGCUUUAUUUUUUUUAGUCGAAAUCGUAGUUGGUUACGUGACCAACUCGAUGGCUUUAAUAGCAGACAGUUUUCACAUGUUGUCAGAUGUAGCCGCAUUGGUGGUAGCAUUUCUCUCCGUAAAGAUGUCGCCGAAGAAAUGGUCCAAGAAUACCUUUGGCUGGGCCAGGGCCGAAGUGUUAGGAGCUUUGGUUAACGCCGUUUUCUUGGUCGCCCUAUGUUUUAGUAUUACUGUGGAGGCGUGUAAAAGAUUUAUUGAAGUAGAGGAGAUACACGAAGCCAAAUUACUCGUCGCAGUCGGGGCACUUGGUUUGCUGGUGAAUGUGAUAGGUUUAUGUUUAUUCCAUGAACAUGGAAGUGCUCAUGGCCACUCACAUGGGAUAUCUCGAAGUCAUAAUAGACUAAGCACUUUGGUAGGCACGGAUGACAAUGAGAAUGAUGAAGCUUACAGACCUUCGACACCCCAAGUAAAACGAGCGCACGGCCAUUCGCACGACGCAAGUCAAAUGAAUAUGCGAGGCGUUUUUCUUCAUGUACUUUCCGAUGCGUUAGGGUCAGUUAUUGUAAUUGUGUCUGCUCUAAUUGUAUGGCUGACGAAGUGGAAGUACAGAUUCUACAUUGAUCCUGCACUGUCGCUUUUAUUAGUCAUUCUUAUCUUGCGUUCAGUGUGGCCGUUACUUCAAGAAUCAGCUUUAAUUCUUUUGCAGACCGUGCCAACACACAUUCAGGUCGACGCUAUACAACAACGUUUGUUGGAAAACGUAGACGGUGUAUUGGCUGUACAUGAAUUUCAUGUAUGGCAAUUGGCAGGUGAUCGUAUUAUAGCUAGUGCGCAUAUAAGAUGUAGAAAUCUUUCGGAAUAUAUGAAAAUUGCCGAACAAGUUAAAGAAUUUUUCCAUAACGAGGGCAUACACUCUACGACUAUUCAACCAGAAUUUAUUGAUUAUCAUUCUAAUAGCGAAAUUAAAGAGACUCCUACAGAAGAUUGCGUGUUGGAUUGUCCAAAGACUGAUAAGCCAUGCAAUCACGCGACAUGCUGUGGUCCUUCCAAACAAGGUCGUGAGACUCCUUCACCUGGAGAGACGCCGUACAUGUGCAGACAGCGUAAUAGCCUGGCGCGUUCGACCGGCUCUAUAGGAGGAACAGAACAACAAGAAGUGAAUGAAAUGGAACGCGGACACUUAUUGUCACUGCCCACCUCGCAUCCAGCGUCGUUCCACUCCGUCCAAGUUCCCCACCCUCACGUUAAUGCACCAACUGUCUGAGCUCUCCUCGCAUUAUCUAAAUAUCUACCUCCAUAGUAAAAUACGCGAGAUGCGCGUCACGAUUUAUUGUACAAAUACAAUAAAUAUGUAUCUACAUAUUAAUUCAUUAAUAUCACGCAGUUGAUGGCAGUGAUCGAAUGAUACAUACAUACACACACACACACACACACAUACACACACACACACACACACACACACACACACACACACACAUAUAUAUAUAUAUAUAUAUAUAUAUAUAUAUAUUUACAUAUUAUAUAUAUAUAUAUGUUUGUGUAUGUAUGUAUACUAGACAAUUAGUGAUGUCGCGAUGUGGAGAAAGAAACUAUAACUAUACUAGGCAAUUGCAUAUAUUAAUAAAUUAUUAUAUUCGUGAAAUCGUGAGAAUUAAAAUGAUCGUUGAUACACUUUCUUCCUUUCAGAGAUAGUUUGGCGAAUAAUCUGUCAGUUUCUUAUCUUUGCCAUCAAUUAUAAUAAAUAAUUAAGAUACUUGAUAAUUAAAACCCAAAGGCAUAUUAAUACCAAAUAUAUUACGUUACAUAAUGCUGUAUAUGCUCUAUAUGCUCCAAUAUAAAUAAGAAAAUAUUAAAUUUUUACUGUAAAUUUCUUAGGAAACAUUUCAAAAUUAAAAGACUUUGCGACUGUUUGAAGCAUAAUUUACGUAAAAAGCAUGUAGUCUAAGUUAAGUACUUUUUAAAUCUCACUUGUACAUUGAUUGACACUACGGUUUUGUAUAAACCCAUUUUGCGGACUUCUUUAUUUAUAUGUAAUUUUUAUUAUGUUGAUUAUAUAAUAUGUAAUUUUAUAUAGUAGGAUGCAAAUUUAUAAGCAAGAGUACCAAAUCUCUUCGUUACAUCUGUAUUCUUUCCUCCAUAUAAUUAUUAAAUAUUAAGGCUGUAUAUUUUUUAUGUAUUUCUUAGAGAUUUAAGCAAUUAUAAAAGAAAAUCAUAUAA